AUGAACACAAGGAACAAACAAGCGCCACUCGAUGACCAACUGGAACUGAGUAGACUGAGCACCAUGUAUUCGGAAUUCGUUUCCGUUCUUGACGAUAUGCCACCCUCACUUCAAUCCUCUGUCAUAUUACUGCGAGACAACGAGUCUCCCACUGAAUAUCAGCCCAUCUCUUAUACUACCCAGAGAUAUCGCCUCCAAACGAUGUUCUAUUGUGCCAAGCUCUUGGUUGUUCACGAAUGUAUUCGGUUCGAAUUACCUUCAAUCAUCGGACUUCAUAAUGAUCGUUCAGCCUGGACAAGAGAGGAGUUAAACAUCGCUCGAGAUUUCGUCCAUACACUUCAAAGUGUACCCUUCCAUUACCUGCGAGGAAAUGGAGAACCUGGCAUAGAACUUAUCAGGGCCGUGGGGAGCGUCCUGCUGGAGAUUUCACAAAAUUCCGACGAUGAAUCCCAUCAACAACGCGGCCACACACUUCUCAAUAUCAUCCUCAAUAUCCUAGCAAAGCUCAAUUCUCAGGCCUCGGACAAGCUUAUCGAGCACCUUUCGAAUGCUUCUGUGGCCAGCUUCCCCAGUAGCAUGAGCCCAGACUAA